GGGGAAAAACUUGAUCAGAGAUACAUGCAUGCCACUGAGACACACCCAAACAGACGAGACAAGCUCGCCAUCACAGUGCACCAGCCGGAAAGUACAUCGACAGACCCUGAGCCCGCAGCCACUUCGGCAAUUUAGGCAUCCCUCGGUCGCCGGGCACCUUCUUGGGUACUUUCUGCCCCGCCUCCCACGGUAUGGGUGUGACGGAAUGCCCGGGAGCGUAGGUGCCGUCAGGGAAGAGCGUGCCGCUGUGGAUCAUGUUGUCCCUCCAUUCACCGUCGAACCACAACACAGCACUCAAGGUCGUACCCCCAAGGAUAUAGUACGCCUUGCCGUGGCCGUGCCGCUUGCCCGCCUGCCAUCCACCUCUGAAGAGGAUGAAUCUGCCACAGGCGUCUCGCAUUUCCCCCUCACCGUGUGCCUUUCCGUCGAGUGUGGCACCAUGAUAGAAGCCCAGCCACUUCCCGUCGUUAUCGAAGAGGUUGAGGUUGGUGAUGAGGCCCGGUCCUCUCAGCUCGCCAUCACCCCACUGACCCUCAUAGGUCGCAAGGCCGCCAUCACCCCACUGACCCUCAUUGGUCACACGGCCGCUUGUCGACUUGCCGCGGCCGUGCCGCUUGCCCUCUCUCAACUCGCCCUCGUAGAUCUUCCUCUUGCCGUCCGAUGCAUACUCAAUGCCCGUUCCGUGAUAUUUGCCGGCCUCCCAUUCUCCCUCGUAGAUCUUCCUCUCGCCGUCCAAUGAGCGCAGCACCCCCGUGCCCUCAGGCACUCCGUUGGCCACCGUGCCGUCGUACAGACCCCCAUCGUACACGAUCUUGCGCUGAAUGAUGUGAGCAAUCUGUCGUAGCUCGGCCUGCGCUUGAUCCCGCUGGGCUGUCAGCUCCUCAACGCGCUUGUCAUACUGCUCCCGUACAAGCUCUGUCAAGUGACGGUUGUCUGCAUCACGAGAACGCACCCAUACACACGAACAAACGGCAAAUCAUCGCGUACCGUCGACGAUGGUCUGCAGCACUUCGGCCGGGAUGGCGGCGCUUGAAGCGGCAUGAGAAGAAGUACUAGAAGAGGCAUGCGACUCGCUGUCUUCAGGCUCAGGUAGAUCAGGCAAGUUUGGGAAUUCCCCAUGGAAACCAGCGGGAGGGGAUGAGAUUGCCCAUGAGGGGAGAUGAGAGUGGGUGUAGAGGAUCGCUGUCGUUGCCCGUGAAGGCAACAGAUGAGCCAGAGGGACGAGUUCGAGAGUCUCGAGUUCAGAGGGCCAUUACACGGAGGGAUCCACCCCAACUCAAACGCAGGUUCAACAGCGCUGUGUCCUUCAUCGCAUUGCAGCGUGUUGCGCGACAGGAGGGGGGCUCCUGGGAGUUGCCAGAUAUCGUGAUGCGCUACGGCGCCAAGGGGGAGUCUAUCAAGCCGCUCGACCCUGAACGAAAGGUGUCUACUGGUUGUGUGCAUACUGCUCAGUUGUUGCCAGUGCUAGUGUUGAGCGACUCGUCUGCACAGGUGCAGGGCACCGGUGUGUGCAUGACAUGGGGAGGAGCGGCAGGAAACAACGGAGGGAAGAAGCGGCCAAAGCGGCCAGGAAACUGCGAAUGUAGCCACCAACGCAUCCGAGCGUCAACAUACCAAAUGCCGUUCACGUAGCCAGCGAAUUAGUCGUGCAGGGUAGCAUCCACUGGUUGUCCGCCCGCACACAGACAAGACGAGACGCAACAAGGCAUGCAGCAAUCCACACGCAAGACGAAUCAUCCCUAGCCCCUACAGUACAGGGCCCAUACUCCACAUACUAACCCUCACAAACCUGACAGGGAGGUGUUCACCUCAGCACCGCACCCACCCUCCCAAUGCAGCUGCUCAUGCAGCUGCCGCAAUCUCAUGAGCUUCAUUGGGCCCAUCACUCGACCCGCCGCACUGACAUGGGCACACGUAGCGCCACUCGGCCCGACGUGACGGCAGAGCCCCCAUGUUUGUCUCUGUCGCACCAGCAGCAAGCUGACGUAGAUGGGGACGGUCGUGGUGGUUGCGGGCUGGUGGGAGGCUCUGUGGGGAUGAGCCGGAUGAAGAAGGCGCCGUGAGGUGGGAUUCCGGGAAUGCUGUCAGAUGGGAUGGUCUCGUUGAAGUGGCCUGAGGCAACCAACCCAAGCCACACACAGCACAGACAGGCAUAGCCCUGUGCACUGCAAGAGACUGGAGUGAUGGUAGCGCACAUACCGAUGUCAAUUCGCCUCCAGAGGUCACGGGCCCUGUAUGAGUCUCCGGGCGUAAGGCCUAUCUCGGACCACCUGAGCUGCGACACGGCGAGGGUCUCGCUGCCGACAUUGACCAAGGCGACCGCCACAUCACCGCCGGCCAGCCGCCGCACCCAGACGUCGUACGUUCGUGUGCCGUUGUGCGAGUAUGACUGCACCCGCCGCCCCUGGUCUACAGCCGGGUCCUGGUCUACAGCCACCACCUCGGGAUUUGACACCACCUCUGCACACAGGCAUGUCCACCCAUAUAUAUCCACCGACACAAUUGGGAAGGACACAAGUGUUCAUCCUGCCUACCAGUGCCUACCGAGGGUGUCACUUGUCAUAGUGAGGGGGUCGUGGCCGAGAAUAAGAGGGGCAGCCAGGAUCGACUGACAUUGGAUUGGCACACACGCAGACACACAGAAAAGGCAAGGCAGGCCCACAGACACACAGACAGACACAGGAUAGCGUACGUGGUAUAUAUUUCAUGUCGGUCCUUGUGUGUCGAGUGUCGCGGUACCGUACCCAGAUGGCCAUUUGUGUCUGUCCCUCUUCCUUGGUCAGCCCAUUGCCGACCUCGAGCAUGUCGGGAUCGUUGAAGCUGCACAUAUGAUACGUACGAUCACAUAUAUAAAGGACCGAAAGGACCAUGAAUGACAUGCACGGUUGCAUGUCUACCUGUCGGGCCCAGCAAUGGGGACAAGCACGUCCUGGUGCUCGGCCCUGCACUCGCAACAGAAAUAGCCACGCAGCAGCGAGAAAUGGUCGAGCGGUUAGUUGGUUGGUCGCCUACAGGCUGCAUACCACCAGUCAGCAAUGGCCAUCACGCUGCUCCAAUGACCAGAGAUGUCACCAUAAAUGCGCCAUAGAUCACUGACCAACACACAACACACGGCACACACAUUUCCUGCGCAUGUAUCCUUGUGUCCGGCUCCCUUCCUCCCUCCCACUCUUACCUACCAAAUCUGUGAUACGUAUGUGAAGUUGAAGUGCUCGGGCUUUUGGGGAUCGAUGGCGUAUGCUGGCCAACUGCAGCUGAAGACGAUCCCCCUGCCGCCCCUCUCCUCACGCACGCCCCUCAGCAGCUCAGACCAGUGCGUGUAGAGAGCCUUCAUGUCCUUGGUGCUCGCCCAACAGCCGUCAAGCUUCAGAUAAUCGACUAUAUAACCGAAAAGAAAUGACGCGUAGACCCCUGUGUGUAUGUGGGAUCGUUCGUCACUGACUCACCCCCCCAGUCGGCGAACGUCUUGACAUCGAGCGCCUCACUGCCCAUGGAGCCGGCAUAGCCCUGACAGGUCCUUGUGCCGCAGUCGGAGUAGAUGCCGUAGAGCAUCCCCCUCUCAUGCAAGUAGUCGCCCAGCGCCUUCAUGCCGCUGGGGAAGCGGACAGGGUCGCCCUGCAGCGGGGCGCUCUUGUUGCGGGCGCCAUGAACGGCCCCCCAGCAGUCGUCGAGGUUGACAUAUCUGUAGCCGAUAUCCCUUAGGCCGGUGCUGACGAGCACCUCGGCCACCUGGUGGAUGGUCGUCUCGGUCAGCUUCGAUGUGUGGCAGCCGUAUGAGUUCCAGCUGUUCCAUCCCUGCAGGCACAGCACAAAUGAAUGAAUGCAUCACACACACACACACACACGACUCAUGAAUGUCGGUUUAGGCAGGACUCAUGCUUGUUUCGUGAUCUGUGCAGUCAUGCAUGUGUUCACUCACGCACCAUGGGCGGCUUGGACAGCAUGCUGGCAUCCUUCGCAGCCUCUCCCAGUGCUGCCACAAAGGCAAAGAACAGCGAGCACAGCCAGAAAGCGCCUCGGGAGCGUUCGAUAUCAAAUCUCCGUCUGCCUUCCCUCUCCUUUGGCUUCAUUUCACAGCUCAUUUGCCCUCGGCCCAUUGCGGAGAGAUCUUCAUUUCUAAGCUCGCAGAUCCCAGUGCCGGACUGAAACCGCUGCUCUCUCCUCUUCUCUUUGUAGAAUCGCCGCAGUGACGUG